CAAACAUAAGGUUUUUAAAUCUUUCCAAUAAUGGUUGCCGAACGUGAUACCUGAGUAGAAGCAUGGAUAACGUUGAAUACUGAGUACAGUUUUCGCCAUGAUUUCUUCAAACGUGGUCCUCCUCAGCUUAUUGGCAGUAACAGUAACAUGCGAGGACCUGGACUUCCCCCCAGGGUUCCAGUUCGGGGCCGCAUCAGCAGCGUACCAGGUGGAAGGUGCUUGGAAUGUCAGUGAUAAAUCCGAAAGUAUAUGGGACAGGCUGAUCCGUGACAAGCCUGAACUCAUCGCUGACAGAUCCACCGGAGAUGUGGCCUGCGACUCCUACCACCUCUGGAGACGCGACAUCGAGAUGGCCGCAGAUCUUGGCUUGCACUUCUACCGCAUGUCCAUAUCCUGGCCGCGACUGCUGCCGAACGGUUUCACUAACAAGAUCAGCGAGGACGGAUUCAACUACUACAACAACCUGAUCGAUGGACUUCUUGAGAAGGGCAUUCAGCCGAUGGUGACGCUGUACCACUGGGAUCUGCCGCAAAGUCUACAGGAUCUAGGCGGUUGGACUAAUCCCCUCAUCGUGGACUGGUUUGGGAACUACGCUCGCGUCGUCUUCACCUUAUUCGGAGACAGGGUGAAGACCUGGAUUACCAUCAACGAACCCUUGCUCAUGUGCGACGUGCCAUACAACACUGGUACUAUGGCACCGGCUAUUUUAGACCCCGACGUGGGCGCCCACCUCUGCGCCAAGAACGUCCUUAUGGCCCACGCUAAAGCUUGGAGAAUUUAUGAUAAGGAGUUCAGGCCGAAGUACCAUGGGGAAUUAUCGCUGGCCAAUCAAUUGAUAUGGUAUGAACCUUUCUCCCCUGAGGAUAAAGAAAUAACGGAUACAGCCAGGGAGUUCAUGGCAGGCCGUUACUCCCAUCCGAUAUAUUCAAAGGAGGGCGGCUGGCCACCGGUUACUGAAAAAAUCAUGGCUGAAAACAGCAAAGCAAAGGGAUAUAAAGAGUCAAACCUGCCAGCAUUUACUAAGGAAGAAAUUGAGUUCGUGAAAGGUACGUUCGACUACUACGCUGUGAACUACUACACCAGCAGGCUGACACGCAGGGCGAAGGAGGGUGAAGAAUUUGGUGCCUUCCCCCUGUCAGACGUGCCAGACAUCGGAGCUAAAUACGAAAUAAAUCCAGAUUGGAAAUCUACAUCUUCAUCGUGGUUUUUUGUAUAUCCCGAAGGUUUACGUAACCAGAUCGUAUGGCUAAGGGAGCAAUAUGGCGAUAUGAAGUUCAUAAUCACAGAAAACGGAUACCCACGUCUCAAUGGAUUAGAUGACACCGACAGAAUAGACUAUUACACCGAACAUCUAACACAGGUAUUACGAGCCAUUAAAGAAGACGGUGUUAACAUCACAGGAUACACAGCGUGGACCCUUAUGGACAACUUCGAAUGGGAGGACGGGUACAACUCGAGGUUCGGCCUCUAUGAAGUGGACUUCACGUCUCCAGAACGAACUAGGACUCCCAGAGCAUCCGCCGAAUUCUACAAGAAACUAAUACAACGACACUCUUUGAAUGCGUUUGAAGACCAUCAGCUGUUUUCCUACUUUCGCAGCUUGUUGGCAGUAACAGUAACAUGCGAGAACCUGGACUUCCCCCCAGGGUUCCAGUUCGGGGCCGCAUCAGCAGCGUACCAGGUGGAAGGCGCUUGGAAUGUCAGUGAUAAAUCCGAGAAUAUAUGGGACAGGCUGGUCCAUGAGAAGCCUCAUCUCAUCUCCGACCGAUCCACCGGUGAUGUGGCCUGCGACUCCUACCACCUCUGGAGACGCGACAUCGAGAUGGCCGCAGAUCUUGGCCUGCACUUUUACCGAAUGUCCAUAGCCUGGACGCGACUGCUGCCAAACGGUUUCGCUAACAAAAUCAGCGAGGACGGACUCAACUACUAUAACAACCUGAUCGACGGACUGCUUGAGAAGGGCAUUCAGCCGAUGGUGACGCUGUACCACUGGGAUCUGCCGCAAAGUCUGCAGGAUUUAGGCGGCUGGACCAACCCCCUCAUCGUGGACUGGUUCGGAGACUACGCUCGCGUCGCCUUCUCCCUAUUUGGAGACAGGGUGAAGACCUGGAUCACCAUCAACGAACCCUUGGUCAUCUGCGACGUGCCAUACAACACUGCUAGUAUGGCACCGGCUAUUCUAGACCCUGACGUGGGCGCCCACCUCUGCGCCAAGAACAUUAUCAUGGCCCACGCUAAAGCUUGGAGGAUUUAUGAUAAGGAGUUCCGGACGAAGUACCAUGGUGAAUUAUCGCUGGCCAAUCAUUUGAUAUGGUACGAACCAUUCACUCCUGAGGAUGAGGAAAUAACGAAUGCAGCCAGAGAGUACAUGGUAGGCCGUUACUCUCAUCCGAUAUACUCAAAGGAGGGCGGCUGGCCGCCGGUUAUAGAAAAAAUGAUGGCUGAGAACAGCAAGGCAAAAGGAUACAGAAAGUCAAACCUGCCAGCAUUCACUAAAGAAGAAAUUGAGUUCGUUAGAGGUACGUUCGACUUCUACGCUGUGAACCACUACACCAGCAGGCUGAUACGCAGGGCGAAGGAGGGUGAGGAAUUUGGUGCCUACCCAUUGGGAGACGUGCCAGACGUCGGAGCUAAAUAUGAAAUAAAUCCUGAUUGGAAAUCUACAACUUCCUCGUGGUUCUUUGUAUAUCCCGAAGGUUUGCGAAAUCAGAUCUUAUGGUUAAGGAAGCAAUACGGUGACAUGAAGUUUAUCGUCACAGAAAACGGAUACGCGCGGUUAAAGGGAGUAGAUGACACAGACAGAAUAGAAUAUUACACUGAAUAUUUAAAACAGCUACUACGAGCCAUCAAAGAAGACGGGGUGAACAUCACUGGGUACACAGCGUGGACCCUCAUGGACAACUUCGAAUGGAUGGACGGUUACAUCUCCAGGUUCGGCCUCUACGAAGUGGACUUCUCGUCUCCAGAACGGACUAGGACUCCUAAAGCAUCUGCAGAGUUCUACAAAAAUUUAAUACGACACAACUCUCUGAGCAUUUAUGAUGAAUUGUGAUUAUAGAAAUAUAAUGAUUUUACUUGUAUUAUGUACAGGGUCUUCUAAAAUCUAUACCCUUAUUCAUAGACGUUAUUUAUCUAAGGACGGAGCAUUACUAUGAUACAAGUCUGUUUCUCAGAUUUGUUUAUCUGACAGCUUGCUGUUUGUUCAGCUUUGUUUAUCUGACAGCCAACUAGAUUCAAGUUGUAUCUCAAUAUUAGCCAAUCACGACGGCCCUAUGUCUACGCACUGCGAAGGCUGCCGUGUCGUCUGCACUGAGAGACAGACUUGUUACUACAGUAAUGCUCCGUCCUUAGAUAAAUAACGUCUAUGAAUAAGGGGGUAAAACAAUAUAUUAAGAAUGCAGUUUGUAGAUUUUCUGAAUCCAAUGUACAAAUACUCUGCACACGCAUUUUGUAAAUUGUUGUAUUUUGGCAGAUUACACGUCAAAAUUUAUUUAUGUGUGAAUUUAUAAAAUUUGAAACACCGGCGUGUGGAAUAAUAAACUAAACUUUAUAUUCAUAAAAUAUACUUAACCGAAUAAUGCAACAAAUAAUUACACUUACCCAGUCCUAGAUUUGUAAACAGGUGCGGCAGAUUUCAGAGUACGCUAACUCUAUUCAAUAAAUCAUUCGUUUAUUUAACUUUAGUGCCUUCCAUAAUACAAACAAACGGAAAAUUAUUAAGUAUUUUAGAAACCUAAAUACAAACAUAAACCUACCUACAUGGGACGGCGAAAAUAAAAAGUCCUAUACUCAUAAAAAAUAUAAAUCCAGCAAUUACCACGGCCCCGGGGUGUCUUGUUGCACUAAGAUAACUGCACGGGACCGUUCCUGUGCGAUACCACGGCCCACUCUGUACAGGGGAUUCAGAUGUUCCCGAACUGAACCUGACGCUUUCGGUGCAUACAAUAAAAGGAACCACGCAUUGCCGGCCUCCUCGCAGUCGCUUAGAGUACCGCGACUCCCUCUUAUCCCUCUUACGACAUACAGAGAGGACCAUGGCGGAAUUCUCUAGAUGCCCAUAGACCACAGGGCACAAGACACAGAUGUUUAAUAAAAAUUAUUGUGUAUGCGCACCGCUAGAUGGCGACACCUUACAUAUUCAAUAUAAUUAACACACUAACUGGUUUCCAUAUGUAUAUUAUAAUUCUCUUUGCAAAAUGGUAAAGUACGUUGUUACUGCCGCUAUCCUAGCCGAUGACAUCGGGCGUUUCCGCAAGUAUUCGGCUGCGCGGGCAGACUGGCAGAAGAGAAGAUAUGUCACGGGACGACUAUUCUAUUAUUCUCUCUGGUUGGAAGUUGUCAAAAAAAUUAUAAAAUUGUAUUCUCUAAUUAUUUUUGCUAAUAUAAUGUUUAAUACUGUAAAAGAGCGUUUAACAAUAUGUUGCACUUUCUAAUUAGUAAUAUUGAAGUAAUAGAGUCCUUUCUAGGUAGUCUAAGUUUAAACCUUCUAUGUAUUAAUAUUUGAAAUAAUCAUGAAAAUAAAAAUACCAUAU